UUCCUCGCCGAAAGUGACAGAACAAGACUGAACUUGGCGAGGCCUUGAUCACACCUCUGCCUGCUGCACCGCUGACGCAAGAGUCGCGUCGAAUAUCCCUGCCAGCGUCGACGAUAGGAUUUUGGCCCAACAGGACCCUGUUGCACUCGACCUCUACUGCAACUACAGUCCGCCAUGUUCCGUCGUCCGGGUGCUGGGCGCUCCAAGGCUUCAGCAGAUACCCUCUGUCAGAAGUGCCUCAAGAGAGGACAUUACAGUUACGAGUGCAAGGCAUCUGCCCAAGAACGCCCAUACAAAUCUCGACCUUCCAGGACACAACAACUACUCAACCCCAAGCUGAAGCCCAAGCUUACCACCGAAGUACCCCAAGAUCUGCUGCGCAAGAAGGGCGUCGCAGAUGAGAUCCUGAAGAAGAAAGAAGAGGAUCGCAAGCGCGCGCGGUCACUCUCUGCGUCAUCUGCCGACUCUGUCUCCACCAUCUCAACAAACCGCUCCCGCUCCCGCUCACGAUCUCCACCACGACGGAAGCGCGAUGCACCAAGACAUCGAGGAGACGACGACGACGACAAGGGGCUGCGAAAGCGCAGCAGGCGAUCAGUGUCCAUGGAAUCGCGCUCAUCCUGCGUAUCGGACACAGCAGACAGAAACACAAGGCGGCGCAUGAGCUCCUUCAGCCCUGGCGAGCGAGGCCGCCGAAGAACCAGGUCAAAGUCGAGGUCAAGGUCGGCGCGCAUGCAGACAUCACACGAGAAUGCUAGAGGAAGAGCACCACGAAGCAUGAGUGGCAGUAUCAGGUCACGAAGCAGAAGCGCAAGAAGAGAUAGGAGGCGGCCAGUUCGUCGGUACUCCAUCUCGAGAUCACGAUCGAGAAGCGCGGAUCCCAUGGAUACGUCUGAUGAGCACCACCCAUCUAACCGACUAUCAAAGGGUAAAACAGGAGUCUCACAUUCAAGGAACCGUGAACCCUCGAGGUCACUCUCACCGUACCACAGCGGUCGCGAUCGCAGCCCCAGUCCGUACUCCAAGCGCAAAGCCGCACGCCGGUCGCGCAGUCCACAAGAAGCGAGAAACGGAGGACGACUUCGUGACAGUCCGCACCGACCGGCAAGAAACCGCUUCGACAAUCGACCACCUGUGUCAAAUGGCAGAGAUACGCCGCCGCCAGCGCAAGCACCCCCACCCGUUCAGAGAGAGCGUAGCUUGAGUCCGUACAGCAAGCGCUUGGCCUUGACAAAAGCUAUGCAUUCAGGGUAGACAAGAUAGCAGUCAACAUUGGGAAAGUCAGAAUGCUGCAGUGGUACCUGGAGAUUCUUACAUUGCAGAUGACGGGACGAUAAUAUCACAAUGAGUUAUCAAGGUCAGAGCCGCUCUCGUGGCUUACCGGGUCACCAGAUAUAGGUCUGCACCAACAACGAGCAUAUUAGAAAGGCGUUUGCAUCGAGUCCAGAUAGUUGUUUCAAGCUAAGACAAUGGUUUACUAGCUUCUUCAUAAUUAUCAAAUUACAUUGGAAGAGUUUGAUCUAGGAUCCCACCUUAUGCUCAUACCAUCUCUAAAGUCCACGCUCCUUUGUUGUUUUACUUGUGGUAUGAUUCUUCCUUCUCCCCACCGUAUCACCAACCCAGUCUUCCAUUCGGCGUGAACUCGAGCCUGUUCGAUCGUU